GUUCGUAAUAUUGUCCCGUAUGAUGUUGCCAGAAUGAUCUGUGGACGUUUCCUCGUUUUGUGCAUAAAGAGUGCGGACACAACUGCGACGACAACUUACCAAUGGAAGGCGUCCUCCGUAGUGGCUAACCCAACGUCUACAUUACUCAUUUUAAGUGCGCAAAAAAAAAAAGUAAAGAGUUCGUUUUUAGCUUCGCCCCUUUUGCUAGACCUACGUAGAACAAAAAAAGAAACGCAAAGUUGUGCGCGCACCCCUGCAGACAAAGACAACAUUUCCGUUCGCCUUUUUACAAAGUGCAAUUUGUUCACCCCAAGUGAUGCGCGUUCGUCCUUUUUUUUCCGCUCUUCAAAAAAAAAAAAAAUGCUGCCAUUUUUUCAUCAUCACAUCACGCAGCACUGACAGCAUUGUGAAACGAAACAGCAACGUGAUUCACACUUGUUUUGUUUUAUUUUUUUAUUUUUUUUUGCCAGCGUUGUAGAAUUAUUUACCGCUUCUCCUUUUCCGCGCCUUCCUCCUGCCUCUUAUUGUUACUUUUGCCUAUUCGCAGUUUUUAACAGCAGGAAGGCGCGUGCAUGUGUACAUGCCACCUUUUUAACCCUCAACCGCUUUGGAAAGUAUACACCUGCAUGUUGACAUAGUGCAUGCGCACACUGAGCUCCCCCACUCCAUUCUCUACUUCCAAAAAAGGACGCGCAAGUCACUUCCCCCCCGCGUCGACUACAACAAUGGGACAAAUCUCAUCGAAGGAGGAUGAUUUCGAAAAACAGGACAUCUACGCUAGCUACCCCGGACUUGAGCAGCAGCUGGACAUGGUUUUUGCUUGUCAUGACAUAGGCAAUCAGGGCAAGCUGCCUUACAAGACUGUGGAGAUGAUCCUCAGGCACUUCUUAAUGCAGUGCGGCUUUAUGGAGUACGUCUGCCGAUUCGUGGACGAGAAUGGUGAGGGGAGAUGAAGUGAUGGAAUGGAAGGACGAGGGGACGUCUCUGCAUACUACGUAUGUGUAUUCCUACACCUGUUUAUACUGCGUAUGUGUAUUCCUACGCCUGUGCAUACCUACGUCUGCAUGGACAGCCCCCCCUUCCCUGCGAACCGUUCGCCCCAUUUUUCUCCCUCUCAACGUGGUUGCCAAUUCUACAUCGUCCCUUCUCCUCCACCCAGGCCAGCUAGACUUAAAACACGUGGAAGGCUACAUGACGAGCAAGAAGUGGCUGAGCAAGUUGAAAUGCUGUGGAGACAACCCCCUUACGGUAGACGAAAUGAAAGCCCUGGUUUUAAUGUUUUUAAAAAAAAUAUCGGACACGUAUGUAGACGACCAAGCCAAGUGGAUGAAUAAAAUGAGAAGCUCGCAGGAGGAACAAGGAAAGGCAUUGGAAGAAGCAAUGAAUGAGUACGAAAAAAACAUCCUAUUUAACCAUGCCCUGAAGGAGCAACAACUUUUACACAACAAUAAAAAAAUUAGUGAGUGGAAUGAAACGAUAGAAAAUGCAUACGAGGCACAGCAAGAAGUGUUGCGUCAGUUUGAAGCCAAAAAGAGAGAGGACAAAAAAAAAAUGGCCUUGGAAAAGAACAACGAAUUGAUUAUAGCCAAGGAUUACAUAGACAAAAUAAAAGAAGCCGCAACGGAUAGUCGGUAUGCCAACUCGAAAUGUUUUGUUUACCCAGCUUCCUCGGCUCCAUGUGGUGCCUGCACAUCUGCGGGGGCCAUUGCGCCCUAUCGCAGGUUCAAAGAGCCCAGGAGGAAGAAGCAAUAUUCCCUCUGCUUGUGAUGCUCCGCGUGAGAGGAAGCGUUUCCCUUACGACGCAGGAGUUUUUUUUCUCCAAAUGGGAGACCCCCAGUUAGCACGUUGUUGAGUGCCCUCGGAGGGGCAGCAUGCGUGGGUGAGCGGAUUAGCGGGUUAGCGUGUUAGCGGUGGAGCCUUCUGCGCCGCAUGGGCGGACAAACACUGCGGGCUGGCACGGUGAGUCUGCCCUUCCUCCGCUUCCUCUUCCGCUUCCGCUUCUAUGUCCACUCGCGUGCCCAUUUUGAUUCUACCCCCCUCUGGUGCGAUGUGCAUGCCGAGCUCCUACACACUGCGCUGCAAUAUACCCCCCAGAGCGCUCUAAGAUGAAAAGUGAACUUCUGCUAACAGUCCGUACUAAAUAUUUUCGGGCCUCCUUCGAUGUCCCCUAAAUUGUUUCUUCGUCUUUUUUUUUUUUUCUGAGGAGAGAUAGACAUUUCGUGGAAAGAUAAGCACA